UAUUGCUCCCAUCUAAGCAUCGUUAAAAUAUCAGCGCGAGAAAUACGAAAUAAUACCGUGUACUUCUCCCCAAGAACCCGUGGAUGAAAAACAUUAAGAUGAGGGAUUAUUGCUCGCGUUAUUAAUUUCCAAGAGGAAUACAAUGAGGAAGACAAAGACGUGGACGUAGAAAUAGGCGUGACAGCUGUGCUUACCAGAAUUUGCAUGUGAAAAAACGUUAUUUACAGCAAAUUGGUUUGCGUGUCCAUCAGGGUGCAUGCAAACAUGAGUUCUGGUAUGCAGGAACAACAACAAAGGACAAAGCUUCAGCACUUCCUGUCAGAGCUUGCAAUACUGGGUUCCUUACAGGGCUUUCAAUAUUUCCAGCCCUGGCUAAGAGGAAGAGAGGAACUUCUGCUGACUGUUGUCAAUGAUGACUUGAGAUGGCGUUCUCCUGGCUUUCCUGUGUCUGUGGCCUCCACCUUCACCAGCUCAACCUUCAGCAGCAGUUACAGUCUGGACAGUGACUAUGCCAGCUCUCCUUUAGCAGGGGAAGAGCCGGUUCCACAACAACAACAACAGACACCAGAAGCCACACCGCAGCAAACUCCCAGCAGGAAUGUUGAUUCUCAUCUUCUCCCAGCCUCACCCAGUGAGAGAGAGAUCGCCGUUCCUGAAAUUAACUGCACCCUGUUCCUGUUAGCCGGCUAUGCCAAGUAUGGGCAACCAUAUGCCUGGAUUCGUUCCAAUCAUGAGCGCCUUGUAAACGUUGGAGGAACUGAUACUCUAGUCAAAGAUACACCAAUGAAGCUCAAGUCCAUCACAGAUUGGCUUUCAUCACCUCAAGGAACUCAUGUAUGGGAUGUAGUGAGUGAGCUGGUGGGACUGUGCACCAUGCCGCCUCCGGACAACCCCUUCACUCUGGACAUGCGUUACCUUCAAACCCUGUCCCUCCCAGAGCGUUUCCUGGUCACUGGGGCCCUUCUGAAUUUCCUGGAGAUGAUUGUGGUUCAGGGAAGUCGAGAGGAACCGUUCUAUGAUCUGGUUGUGGCAGAGCUGAAGCCAUUGAGACAGCUUCAUUUCCAAAGCCUCUCUGAGAUCCGGAAGUUUCAACUCAGUGACAGAUCUUCAAAUUCCCUAAAUGCCAAGCUUCAAGAUGAGAACUGACUCUUAAUUCACACGCUUUAGGUUUUACCAUUUGGCUAAGAUAAUCAAUGCUUGCUCUGUGUUUUUGAUAUUAAGGACCAUUCAUUUAUGUACAGUAUAAAUAGAAGCUGAAUGGUCAUUAACCCCAAAUCUUAAAGCUCCAAAAUAUCAGCCAUAGCUUGUUUUUGUGAACACCUACAGUACACGUCUGUGAAAAGUUAUGAACUCAGAGAAUUUCAAUCCCUUGCAUUAAAAAUUUGCGCCCCA